AAAACAGACACAUUUUGUCCUUUUUAUCCUUUAUAAAGAAAUGUUUACAGCCCACUAAUGUUGCGGUGUGACGCGUUUUUAACCAAACAUUGUAGCUUUGAAGCAGAGUUGCUAACAGCUAGCCUAGCCUGUUAGCUGCAGGGCUAGCUUCUUGUUAAUAAACAAUGGAGCAAAAAGGACUGAUUUAAAUAUAUUUUUAUUAUUAUUUAUGCCUGGUCAGGAUGCUGCAAAACAAGCUAAAUAUAAACUCAGGGUUUAUUUAAACCCACUUUGUGAAUCAGCUGGUGUUUACCUGAGGCUUGGAUCCCAGUGGGACCCCUCAGCUGAUCUACAGAGGUCAGUUUCUAGCCCAGCUUUUAUGAGACUGGAACUGUUUUUGAGUCUGGAACCAGAGCUGUGUGGYGGACCCUCAUAGUGGAGGUGCAUGGCCUAGCAGGUGUGUUUUGGGGCGGAGCAGAGGGACCACACAGAGCCAGGCUGCUGGCUCACAGGACAGGUGAGAUGAGCAGCCAGGGCAGCCCGGUGAAGAGCCACGACUACCUGCUGAAGUUCCUGCUGGUGGGAGACAGCGAUGUGGGCAAGGGAGAGAUCCUGGACAGUCUGCAGGACGGAUCAGCAGAGUCCCCGUAYGCCUACAGCAGCGGGACACCUCUGGUCAGGGCAGGUUUUGUACCAUCUUCCGCUCAUAUUCCCGUGGAGCUCAGGGCAUCCUACUAGUGUAUGACAUCACUAACCGUUGGUCCUUCGAUGGAAUCGACAGGUGGAUCAGGGAGAUCGAUGAGCAUGCUCCAGGUGUGCCUCGGAUCCUCGUGGGCAACCGUCUCCACCUGGCCUUCAAACGCCAGGUGCCCACGGAGCAGGCCAGAGCGUACGCCGAGAAGAACGCCAUGACCUUCUUCGAGGUGAGCCCGCUCUGCAACUUCAACGUGAUCGAGUCGUUCACGGAGCUGUCCCGCAUCGUGCUCAUGAGGCACGGCAUGGAGAAGUUCUGGAGGCCCAACAGAGUCUUCAGCCUGCAGGACCUGUGCUGCCGGGCCAUCGUGUCCUGCACRCCGGUCCACCUCAUCGACAAGCUGCCGCUGCCCGUGGCCAUCAAGUCCCACCUCAAGUCCUUCUCCAUGGCCAACGGCAUGAACGCCGUCAUGAUGCACGGACGCUCCUACUCGCUGGCCAACCCGGCCGGAGGCUCCAAGGCCAACAGCCUGAAGCGCUCCAAGUCCAUCCGUCCCCCUCAGAGUCCGCCUCAGAACUGCACCCGGUCCAACUGUAAGAUCUCCUAACCUCUGCCUCGUACAGGAAGGAGGCGGAGCUUCUGCACUUCAACACUUCUUAUCAAGUCCCUGCAGACUCCAGAGGUUCACACUUCAUCCACUCACUGAUGGUAGUACGCUACAUGUAGGAGGGGGCUGACGGAGGCGGGGCUGACGGAGGCGGGGCUGACGGAGGCGGGGCUGCUGUGCACCGGCGCCACCAUCUCUGACCACCAUCAGCAGGCAAGGUGGGUGAAGUGUCUUGCCCAAGGACACGACUGAGACAGAUGGGAUGGGGGAUUGAACCGKCAACCMUCCGGUUACAGGACGACUCCCCUAACCAUCACCACCCAGAUGAGGAUGGGGCGGGGCUUCAGAGUACAGCUGCAUACAUUUCCUCACUGCAACCAUCUGCUCUGGAAGCUCCGCCCACUGUGGGAGGAGUAACUACAUGUACAGACUCACAUUUCAUCAGCGCCAUCACCUCAGAGUGUUGUUCACGCCCACACACAGGCCACGCCCACACACRGGCCACGCMCACAGCCUCGCCACCCCAUCUUCUUCUCUUCCUUUUGGUCAAUCAGCUAAAGUUUUCAACACUAAGAACCAUCAGACCAGCUGAACCAGACCUGAACCAGGUCAGUCCUGACACCCUGACAGACCCCCUGAACCAGACCUGAACCAGGUCUCAGAUCCAAACUGCUAUCACACCAGUUUGGACUCAAACUGAGUCCAUGUUGGUAAACCUGGACCUGCAGAACCACGCAGGUCCAGAUUCUGCUGAGCUCUAUGUUCUCCUGCAGAGGUGCUUGUUGCCAUGGAAACCAGGCAGACCUGGUCUGUUUAUGGUGGUCUGGUCUCUGGAGCACAUGAAGCUCAGAUCUACACUUCCUGCAGGGUUUUCUCCAGAUGAAGGUUCAUCAUGUGGUCAUAAAUCAGCUGUUUGCUCAGGAGCUUCUCUUCAUUGACCCUGAUCAGUUUGUCAGUCUGUACCCCCCCCCCCCCUGUGGAGCUGAACCUGGCCAGGUAAGUCACAGGUGUGGUCCAACUGCAGCUCAGCAGGUGUUUACUCUGUCAUCCUGCUGACCCUAACAUGAACCAUGUCUCCUGGUGAUCACCGAGGAAAACAAUACCUGCUUAUCUCAGGAAAACCAUCCAUUAAUUAACUCAUUAUCUAAAAAAACCAUCGACAAAUUAACUCAUUAUCCCAAAAAACCAUCGACAAAUUAACUCGUUAUCUUAAAAAACCAUCGACAAAUUAACUCGUUAUCCCAAAAAACCAUCGACAAAUUAACUCGUUAUCCCAAAAAACCAUCGACAAAUUAACUCGUUAUCCCAAAAAACCAUCGACAAAUUAACUCGUUAUCCCAAAAAACCA